CAUUGUAGAAAUGAAUUCCACAGCUAAAAUUGAAUUUAGCCAAACAUUGUGGUAGGGUUUUGCAACAAAGCUGAUUCGGUUUGGGCCAAGGCUCAUUUUUCUUCCUAGAUGACACAUCUCCCCUUCCUCUUUCGUAUCUUUUUAUCGAAAGAUUGAACCCGACUCACAAGUGGCCAUCUCCUCAACCAGCGGCCAUCUCCGCAACAAUCUUUGUGGCUCGCCGAAGACAACCUCUGUUGCUUGCAAGGCUCCAAGUAGCAGUCGCAAUGCAAAAUAGAUUAUCUGGGUUUUGAUACUAUUAUCUCUUUUUGGCCAGGAACAGAGUGAAGCAAAAUCAAUAGCUAAACAUCAAAAAAUGGCAACGAGCCUCACAAACAGGGCAUUGGUUACUAAUCAAACCCUAAGCUUAUUCAGAUUUUCUUUCAACUUCUUCAAAAGCUUCAGCACUUCUUCACCUGCUGCUACUAAUGCCUCUUCCACUUCUUCGGCUUCAAAAAAACCCAAACGAAGAAAGAAGAAGAACCUGUUUGAGGUCGCUCAAUUUUUACCCAAUUGGGGAAUUGGUUACCACAUGGCUAAAUCUCAUUGGGAAAGUGUUUCUUAUGAGAUCACCAAGAUCAAUCUCUACAAGGAUGGUAGGCAUGGAAAAGCGUGGGGGAUUGCUUACAAAGACGGACUUCCAGCCGCAGAUGCUCCCAAGAAGAUAAGUGGAGUUCAUAAGCGUUGCUGGAGAUACAUUCCAAGCUUAACAAACUUGUCGGAGAGCAAGGUAACCUCAUCGAACUCUACAGAAACUGCACCAUAAGCCUGAAGUUCAGGCAAAUCGACACAUCUUCCUUUUUAGCGAGGACGGACCAAUCAAAUCCUGUGUCUUUCUUUUUCCCCGGAUUGAUCAAGAGUUGCAUUUGAUUCAAACUGAAAGUAUGUUUAGCACUCCUUUAUGAGCUUGUGUUCUGGAUGCUUGAUGCUUUUUUAGGUCACCUUCAGUAUGCACGGUCACGGUAUCGAAAGAGCAUUCUCUCUUAUUAUAUAUCUCAUUAUAUUAUAAGCGAUGCUCGUUUGUACUGAAAUUCUUAGUUUCUGAUCUUAGGCUGCAUGUUAGAUCCAUUGUCGAUAUUUUUUGGAGAAAAUGAGCAGCUUUAAUCCAUAGAUUAUAUUUUGAUUAUAUUUUGUUUUUGUAGGAACGUUAUAUCUUUUCAUUUUUCUUUUUGGAGAAGGUUAAUAAUGUUAUCUUGAUUUAUGAUAUUUCUUUUUAUAGUAGCA